GCCCUAAUAGGCAAGUCUGUUAAUACAGACUUGACUGAUAAGACAAAGGUUUGGAGUGAAUAAAAACGUAGUCCGGAUGCUGUGAGCUCAUAUUCGCAAGAUUGCAGUGCCCGAGGAACAGUCACCAUGCUACCAGAAUGGCUAUCGGAGGAGUAUAUCCAAAAGGCGCUGAGGCGUUUUUGCAAGGACGAUCAGCUGCGAGUCCAGAAAGUGUGGGCGAAGCCAGCAACUGAGAAAGGGGAGAACUUUGUGGGCGUUAUGACCCGUAUCUAUGUAGACUUUGAGCAGGGAGACGGAACAAAGCAGAAGAAGUCCUACAUCCUGAAGCAAGCCGUUCCUGCGAAUGCUCCCCAGGCGAAUAUCUUCGCGGAGUACGACGUGUACAACAGGGAGCUGGAGAUGUACGACGUUGUGCUGCCUAAAAUGGCAAAAAUUCUUCAAGAGGCCGGCUUCAACGACAAACUGAUGGCGGAGGCCAUAAUCGUUGAUCGGGAACGCACCAUCAUGAUCCUCGAGGAUCUGGCGCCCCUUCGAUACACGAAUGCGGACAGGGUGAAGCAACUGGACAUGGUUCACACCAAGCUCGUUUUGGACAUGCUGGCCAAGUUCCACGCUGCAGCUAUUGUCCUGAACCAACGCGAGCCCGAUCUUCUGAGUCGGAACUACUCAUCGCACUUCUUCUCAAGGGGCAAAAAUGGAUACGGGGAGGUCUUUACGGGUCUUUUCAAGGCAUUCAUCAGGUAUGUCAGGACUAAGCCAAACCUGCAGAGCCGCUACGCACACAAGUUGGAGCAUGUUAUUGCCAAUUUAAUGGAUUACGCCGCCCGGUCUAUUGACGUGGCAGAGAAGGACCUGCAGACACUAAUCCACGGCGAUUGCUGGACCACCAACGUGAUGUAUUUGUACGAUGAUGAGGGCAAUCCAACCACUGUCCUGCCCAUUGACUUCCAGUUCAGUACCGUGACAUCCCCGGUGAUCGACUUGCUUUAUUUCUUUAGUACUUCGCUAAAGGCCGAUGUGAAGGCGAAGGAGUUGCAGCUUGUGCAGUACCAUUAUUACGCUUUGAAGAAGACCGUGGAAGCUCUUUCCUAUAAGGGGUUCUUCCCCAGCCUGUUUGAGUAUCAGCUGCAGUUCGAGCGACGUCGAUUCUUGACUGUUAUUAUUGCCAACGUUUUUCAACCGAUCAUGGUGUACACAGGCAGCGAGGACUGCGAGUUUAUAAACCUCUAUCAGGAUACUCCAGAAGGCAUCAAGUUUCAGGACUCGAUGUAUGAAAACGAAGGGAUUCAGAGAAGAAUUGACACAAUAUUACCCAUUCUUGAUGCCAAGGGCUUAUUGGACGCACAUUAAAGUAAGACUGUUAGUUAUCUUAUAAAUCCUUGUAUCUUGUCUUGCUGUUAAUUUGAAUCCUUUAUUAAAUUUAAAUCGACGGAUAUUGAAAAAAA